CCGACACCCUGCUGCGUACGGUUUGACAGUAACCACGUGGUGGCAAAAAUCCGUCUAGUGUGAUACUACAUGGACUAAAGAAUCUCAGUAUUUUAAAUAAACCCUUUCAUUUUGGCUACAGUAGGCUAACAUGAGAUGAUCAUGGCGUAAGGACACGAAUGGACAGCAGCCAGCACACUUGACCCCACAUGUGUCACUGAAGAGGACUAAUUAUCGUUUUCACCAGCCGCUCACCUUGUGCUCCUCUUCCCGGCUGUCAAGGUUAGCCUCAGUCGGAACAACGCUAAUGAGACGGGUUUUUAAGAGAAACAGAUUCGUUUGAAGGCGGCCAAAUUGACACGUGUUGCUAUGUCUGUCCCAAAAGCAUACCUGCGCGGUCAAUCCCUUUCGCAGUCUGAAGAAGAAUAUACAGACUCUCUUCUGGAACCCUACAUGGAGAUGAUCUGCUGUCACAGUGUUCAGGACUCAUUACUGAGCUCAAAUAGCCGCUUUACCAAUUACAGAGGAAUUCUCAACUGGAUUGUAAUUCUUCUGACCUUGACCUAUGCCCACCUGUUUCUGGAGAACUUCAUACAGCAUGGCUUUCUGAUUGACUUAAAGAAAGCUGUGGAACUCCUGAUUGGGGACAGCUACUGGCCACAUCUGUACCUGAUCUUGGCUGCCAAUGUGUUUCCUAUUGUGUCUAUGAUUCUGGAAAAGAGCCAGGAAAAGGGAACCCUUUCUUCUUCGUUGGCAUACUGGCUUCACAUGGGAAACCUUGUGCUUCUGGCCGUUUUCCCCGCCAGCAUUAUUCUCCAUUAUGAAACAUCUUUAUCUACAGGUGGCGCUCUUCUAUCACUUUUCACCUACACCAUACUCUGGCUGAAGCUCUACUCCUAUCAGCAGGUCAGCGGCUGGUACCGUCAGAUGGAAUGCACAAAGGACGGAACGAAACAUGUAAUUCCUCAAGAAAGUGACACCACUCUUUGUGACCUCUACUAUUUCCUUCUGGCCCCUACUCUGUGUUACCAGAGGGACUUCCCUCAAACACCUAGGGUCCGUAUAAAUGUUGUGCUCCAAAGCACGGUGGAAAUGGUGAUCCUCACCCAGCUCAUAGUGGGAAUCAUGCAGCAGUGGAUUGACCCCAUAUUCCAGAGGUCAAAAAAGACUUUUGUUGAUAUGGAAAUAGCUGCAAGGAUUGAGCACCUUGUGGAGUUGGCGACACCCACCCAUUUCCUGUGGCUGAUGUUCUUCUUCCUCUUUUCACACUCCUAUCUGAACUUCAUAGCCGAACUCCUGCGCUUUGGUGACCGGCAUUUCUAUGGUGACUGGUGGAAUGCUGACACACUUGGCAGUUUAUGGAGAAAUUGGAAUGUUCCUUUCCAAAGGUGGAUUCAAAGACAUCUCUAUGAGCCAUUUCUUAAGAGGAAAUUCUCAGAAAAACAGGCUGACAUACUGAUCUUCAUAGUGGUUUCUGGACUUUUGGAGUGUAAUAUUGCUCUGGCCCUACAAAGGUGUAAUUUAUGGCUGUUUCUCAACAUGAUGUUUCAGCUUUUCCUGGCUUUUCUCUUGGAGCGCUUCUUCGUUGGUAACUAUGGGAAUGGGCUGGUGUGGCUCUGUCUGCUGUUGGGCCCUCCCUUGGCUCUGACAACCUAUUACCAUGACCACUACAUGAGUCAGCGUGGUCCAUCUUAUGGGUUACAGUCAGUCCCAUUACCACAGGGAGAACACUGAAAACUGAACAAAAUGGAACACUUCACAUACACAGCCAAAGGCACACUGUAUCUGUAUGUACUGUAAAUGUGUGAAUAACACCACGUGAAAUUGUGAGCAUUGAGAACAUACAGAUUUCUGUCUCAUAAGUCUUUCUGUGAAUUUGGAGCAAAAAAAAUCCUCCUAUUCAUAUGCAUCAGUGCCAGAGGAAAAAAUGCUGAGCGAUGUUAUGAGUAAGUUGACAAGUAAGGACAAGAAGAUUAGUUAAUGUCUCGGCUUCAACCCUUAAAAAACAAACAUUUCAUCGUUACACCCAUAUAUUAUUCUUGGAAAAAAUAUGAUGCAUAUUUUUAAAUGAGCUUGCAGGCUGAGAUGCACUGCUGUAGAAAUGUAGAAAUGUACAUCCUGUCAUACAGUUACUCAUACUGUCCUCUGAUGUUCAUGCAAAAUGUCCGAAUGGAAUCUUCCCAGAGGCACAAUAAAAUUCUAAUGAUUUUUUUCA